GACCGCGGCGGUCCAGAGAGCAGGCAUCUCCCGGACCGGCAGCUGAGCAGCAAGAUGUUUCUCGUAAUCGUCGUAGCCGUGGUGCUGGUGUCCUCCGGACUCCAGGCGGAGGCAGAUGUUGUUCGAGGCGCCGCCCAGGAGCCACUCCAGGCGGGUGUCGACCAGAACAAGACGGUGACAGCCCCCAACGUCAGCGCAGACUUCAACCGAGAGAAGGCGCGCCCCGACAGAUACUCGGACAAGGAGGAGUCCUCUCCGAUCAACGUGAAGAAGCCCGGAGCGAUCUCGGCGCUGUUGCACGAAGCCAUAGCGCGGCCGGUACACAGCGUCUGGAACACCCUGUUCGGCGGCAGGAGCCAGCACAUGGACCUGUCCUCGGUGUUCGGUCCGGGGCCCGUCAUAGUCCCGUCGUCUGUCGCUAGAGUGCCGCACAUCUACCACGUAUCCUCGCCCGCAGCCUACCAGCCCGCCUACCAGCCCGCCUACCAGCCUGCCUACCAGCCUGCCUACCAGCCUGCCUACCAGCCCGCCUACCAGCCCUACCAGCCCGCCUACCAGCCUGCUGUCUCCCUGCUGGCGCCCGGCAUGGCUAUCCGCCCCACCGGAACCCGGAGCAGGUCUAUAAACACAUUGUUUACUUAGUGGCUUUACCAGGCCGACAUCACCGCUUGCAGCAGAGGGGAAUUGUUGUCAAUGAUUAAAUAUAAAUAAAUAUUUUAAAGCAUUCA